AUGUCAGUGAGUUGCUUCAUAGAAUCGCCUGUAAGAAGUCCCGAUGCUCGUCUCGACUACUACCCAGAGCGUCAAACGAGCAGCAGGCCGCCUCUAGCAUGUGCCAUGUCUACGUAUGAAGCUCCUUCCCUCUUCCACGUCGAGGACCACAGCAUUUAUGUCACGCGCAAUGCUUUCCAAUGGCCGUGUCGUUGGGUUUGA